CCUCUUCAGAAUUGAACAUGUGAGUGAGCAGCGCUGAUCGUGGUUAAGGAAGAUGGCAGAGGCUGAGGAACCGAGGCAUGGACUGGAACACUGCAUGGAGGUCCUGGAAUCAGUGAGUGGCCAUCCGGAGCAGCUGCUGAGUGUGCAGGAUGAAUUGGCAACAGAGUUCUCUUGUUUAACAAAAGUUCUAUAUGAUUUGCAAAAGUCCCGGCUUGCACUAGAAGUGGGAAGCCCAUUGGAAAAUCUAAUUAUAGAGAAUUUUGAUGAAGAGCAAAUAUGGCAGCAACUAGAACUGCAGAACAAUGCUGUUCUUAACUACUUCAAGAAAGUCAUUAGAACAGCACAAAAGGACAAGGAUAUUUAUCUUGUACAGACAACCGAGGAAGAGACACCAGAAUUAGAAGAUGAAGCUGAGGAAGGUUUGUCUGAAGAAGAGUCAGAGUUUAUCAGUGAAGAUGAACCAGCAUCUCGGGAGAAAAAACUCACUGAUACCAAAAGACCCAAAAGAAUACCAGUGGAGACAUUUAGUGAUGAUGAUUCAGAUAUGGACUUUGAUAUUGAUAAACUGGAAAAGCAAAAUAAGCAGAAACAGAAUAAGAAGCCAAUGGCUAAAUCUAAUGAAACGUCAGAAGUUGACGACAAGUUCUUUAAGUUGUCAGAAAUGGAGGCCUUUUUAGAAGAAGUUGAGAAAGAAGACCACGAGGAGGAUGACCAAAAUGAAAUUGAUUAUUUUGAGGAUAUUGACUCUGAUGAUGAUGAGGAUGAGGAUGAUGAUUAUAUGGAUGAAGACUUGGACAUUACAAAAAGCAAAACACAGGUUAAAAUAAGUUCAAGAGAUCUUCAAUACCAAGAUUUCUUUGACCCUGUUGAAGGAGAAGAGGGAUAUGACCGUGAUCAUUCUGCAAAGAAUAAGAAGGAAGAAAAUGAGGAGGAAGAUGUUUUAGAAGAAGAUGAAGGAGAAGAUGAUUUGGGAGAAGAUGAAGAGAACAUGUCAGAAAAUGAUGAAGAGGAGGAUGAACAAAUAGAGGACAAUGAGGAGAGCCAAAAAGCAAAGGAGGCAUUUAAGCGUGUAACAUUUGAUCUCUCUGAUGAGAGUGAAGGAGAAGAUGUUGGUGAUAUACUGGGUGGAAAGAAACAAGAGAUCUCAGAGCCUGUUGAAGUCAAGUCUUCCUUUGAGAAAAGGGAAGAGAAGAUGGCAGAAAAGAUUCAAGCGCUGCAAAAGCAAAUGCUAGAAGAGAAGCCAUGGCAGUUAUCUGGUGAGGCAACAGCACAAAAAAGGCCAGAAAACAGUCUACUUUCAGAAUCAUUGGUAUUCGACCACGCUUCCAGGAUGGCACCUGUUAUCUCAGAGGAAACCACUAUGCAACUUGAAGAUAUAAUCAAACAGAGAAUAAAAGACCAGCUAUGGGAUGAUGUAGUGCGCAAGGAAAAGCCAAAAGAAAAUGCUUUUGAAUACAAGAAACGACUCACCUUGGACCACGAUAAGAGCAAACUCAGUCUUGCAGAGAUUUAUGAGCAGGAAUAUAUUAAACAAAAUGAGAAGAAAAAAGAAGAGGAAGAAAAUCCAAAACAUGUGGAAAUUCAAAAAAUGAUGGAUUCCCUCUUCCUAAAGCUGGAUGCCCUUUCAAAUUUCCAUUUCAUACCCAAACCACCUGUUCCUGAUAUUAAGGUGGUUUCAAACUUGCCUGCAAUCAGCAUGGAAGAAGUGGCACCAGUAAGUGUCAGUGAUGCAACACUUCUGGCUCCAGAGGAAGUCAAGGAAAAGAACAAGGCUGGAGAUGUAAAGACCAAUGCAGAGAAAACAACCACUGAUAAGAAGCGGGAGAGAAGGAAGAAGAAGGCUACCAAGAGGCAGAAAAUUAAAGAAAGAGAAGAAAGGAAAAAGCAGGCGGAUAAAAUAAAAGCAGAAAAAGGAAAGAAAACGUAUAAUAAAGCAGAUGCUGCAGCUGAUCUUAAAAAACUGACCAAAGAAGGAAAGGCUACAGUACUAAAGGAUGAAGGGAAGGAUAAAGCUUUAAAGUCUUCUCAAGCAUUCUUCUCUCAGCUGCAGGAUCAAGUCAAAUUACAGAUCAAGGGAGCUAAGUCAGCACAGAAGAAACAAAAGAAAGGAAAUGAACUUUCGGUCCAUAAACUCAAACUCUAGUGCACAGCUGUGGCUGCUGCUCUUUACUACAUCUAAUUAGAGAAUACGCAGAUGCCCAGCCAACAUACGUCCCUUAAGACUACAGCUUCAGUAACUAUACUAAUGUACUGUCGAGGGUGCUGGCUGUGGUAUUGCUAAAAUAUUUGGAGAGCUGCAGGUUACCCCCGCUUAAUAUGUAUUCAUAUUGAUUGGGGGAAAUGUUUAAUAGCUGUGAGUGUAAUAAGGAAAUUUAUGGCUACACGUUUUGAAAAAUAAAAAUUGUAUUUUACAAUGUAA